GAGGCGGAGCGGGCGCUGCGGCAGGAGCGAAGAUGGCGGACGAAGAGAAGCUGCCGCCUGGCUGGGAGAAGCGCAUGAGCCGCAGCUCAGGCCGGGUGUACUACUUCAAUCACAUCACUAAUGCCAGCCAGUGGGAGCGACCCAGUGGCAAUAGCAGCGGUGGCAGCAAAAACGGGCAGGGGGAGCCUACCAGAGUCCGCUGCUCGCACCUGCUGGUCAAACACAGCCAGUCACGGCGGCCCUCGUCCUGGAGACAGGAGAAGAUCACCCGAACCAAGGAGGAGGCCCUGGAGCUGAUCAACGGAAGUGCUGUUGGACAGUACUGGUCUAGAUCUCCUGUCGUUUCAUCGUCUGCUCAACCUCACCUUCCAGGGACCCUGGAGCCCUCCUGGCUGCUCCUACCCCACACCAUCAGUAUCUCACCCACACAGAUAGCCUAGGUUCUGGUCUGGCUCUACAGGUCCUGGCUGUGUGACUUCAAGCAAGUUGCUUAACAUCUCUGAGCCUCCAUCUUUAUCACCUGUAAAAUUCGUAUUAUAAUAAUAGGAACCACCUCACAGGGUAAUUUCAAGGACUCUGACCUAAUACAAUAAAGCAUGAAUAACAGCAUCUGGCGUCUAGUAAGUGUUCUAUAAUUACUAGCAGUCAGUGUCGUUGUUGUUAUUAUUAGCAUGGCCUGGCAAAGAGUGCAGUCUCGGCCUUUUGGCCGUUGUUUUCCUGUUACUUCAUUUGAUCCAGUACGUGGCCUAUAGGAUAUUUCUCACAUGUGCAUACACACACACAUUAUAUGGUAUUUAGUGCAGUGUAUGGUGCCUAUUGGCUUCAUAUGCAUAAGCAUUAUAGAGAGGAGCCUGGUUCUUGGAUGAAAUCUUAAAGGCAGAUUAAAGAGCUCAACUUCUGAGCUCUGUGAGGGCAGGGGCCGGAUCUAUGUCCCCACUGUAUUCCCACUGCUCAGCAACUGGCCUAGAGUCAGUUCUCAAAAUACUGUUGCACCAACCAAUAGGAAGCAGGCGGAAUUCCUGGCGGAGGAAACUGCAGAAGUAUAGCCCUGGGGCUAGGAUGUAGUCAGGGAUCUGGGGAAGGCUUUGUAGGGGUUAGACUAGGGGUGGGCCCUGGCCAGGUUGGGGAGGGCCCCGCAUGAAGAGAGGAGUUUGGGUCAUUUCCUGGAGCGUGAUCAGGAGAGGGGCCCAGCGGUACUGUGCCUUCAGGAAGGAGAACUCUGGCUGGAAUAUGAAACUGGAAGGCCCAGAGCCCAGGCUGGCUAGGUCAGCUGCUGGGCGACGUGCGUUUGGCUGCCUCUGGGUGAGAGGAGGAAGCAGGUGAAGAAAGCCCAAAGGGACUAAUGAGAUGACCUCAGGGGUCCUCCCAGCUGCGGUGGUCUGUAUUCUGAGGCUCCUGGACCUCGUCCGUGUGAGCAGAAGGCCAGGCAUGGGCAUUUGGAGAUUGAGUGCCAGGAGGUACCAUCACCAGUAGAGGGGAUGCAGCAAGAGGCCCAGCCUGGGAGAGGCUCGUUAACCUGAGGGACCUGAGGAAGAUGCAGGGAGGCAGCUGAGGAAAGGGCCUGGGCUGGAGACAGAAACACUUGGGAUAAUCCUGGUGAGACAUGGUGGAAGGCUGGGGCAGCUGGGGACAGACAGGAGGGGACAGAGUGAGUGUGGCUUGAAAGGAAAGCUGUCAGGCUGUGGGACUGCCAGGAAGUGGCAGGUGAGGGUGUCUCCCGCAAGCCUUUGGGCUCUCAGGCCUGACCUUGAGUAGAUGCAGACUCAAGAGUGUUAGCAGGAAUCGAGGACACGCCCGCCUGUGCUGAGGGCCCAGUGGAGGCCAUGACAGUAAUUGCCUCUAGAGGCAAUGUGACCUAAACUGGGUUGGGGGCCGUGGGAGUGGGGAAGGGAGCGGAUUCUAGGAGGCAGAAUCAAGAAGACUUGGUGGUAGGUUAGGUGGGCAGGGGUGGAGGUGUUCAGCAGAGGGGGGACGAGGUCAGGUCACCCAGCUGGAUUCUGGUGCCCACUGUGUGACCUCAAGCAAGUGUCUUUUUCUCUCAGAGCCUCAGUUGCCAUGUCUGUAGAGUGGGGACAGGGUAGCCAUGAAUAUGCAGGGAGGCACAGAGCAGAAUGCUCAGCAGAGCAAUGUGCGCAGUGUCUGGCGCUUGCUCUCUACAUGGCGGAGCCUUAUUACACACCUGGUCAUUCAGGACAAGGCGGGAUUCGAGGGCAGCCCUAGCUUCUUCCCCUUCACCCAGGAGAAGAGCUCUAGACAGGGACACAGGAGGCUUGGCAGGCUCAGCACAUAGACCCUCCAAUGAAUGACCUUGGGCUUAUGACCUCCCUCUCCUGGCCUCAGCGUUUUGCCUGAGAUGGGCCAGGGCAGGCCUCCACUGAGGGCCAGUGUGAGGGUACAGAAAGAUACCCCCCUAGCCAUGUGCGCACUUGGUAGCCAGUACUCACGGGCGGAUGUCAGCGAGCUUUGAGCCUCUGGGCCUUGUUUUCUCUUCCGUGGAAGUGGAUGUUCCCCCAUCCUGGACUUGUUCCAGGUACUCAGGAGAUGGUGGUUUGGGCAGUGCCCGCCCAAGCUGACAGCCUGGGCCUGAAGCUCAUCAUUAUCCAUUUAGAUACGGCUCCCCCUUUGCCCCACGGGGACAGACUGCCCACAGCGAGAACCAGUGCCUCUACAUUUUCUGCUGAGGCUCCUUUCCUGACCACGCUUCCUCCGCAGCUGCUGGGCUAUGGCCAGAGGCUGUCAGGGAUCUGAGGACCAGCUGGGUGUCAUUGCCAGUGUCCUUGUCUAAGGAGGCCAGGCUGUAGAGAAGCCCUCCCCCACCUGCUCCUCCCUCCCCUCAACCUCCGCCCCCUGGCCCCCACCUUCGCAUGUCCCGGGCUUGGGAACCAAUGACCUUGUUUGGCCUGGUGUCCCCCGGGUUGGCAGCACCCUCCCGGCCUGCCGGCCUCCAGGGUGGGUCUCUGGUAUGCCUGGGCCCCUCCUGCUGGGUCUAGGGCUUCUGGGACCACAGAUUUAAUCUUGUUGCCUCUUUGCUGACCAGGCCCCUUCACCUGUGAUGUCUGGGUGGCUUUGGGCGGAAGCAGCUGUGUUGAUGUGUUGUGCAGGGCAGGGAGUUUGUCCAUAAACCUUUGUAGGGUGAGGGACCACCCUGUUUCCUCACCCCUGAAGUCAGCAUGGCCUGCCCAUUGACAACUAGUGUCUGGGAAGGGCCUGCUGUGCACCAGGCACUAUUUCAGGCAGUAACUCGUUGAAUUCUCACGAUGGCCCUCCAUGGUGGGGGGCUAUUAACACUCCAUUUUACAGGCUAGGCAAGUGAGGCUCUGAGAAGCAAAGUCACCUACCAGGGUCACAGAGCACAGGAGUGGUACAGGUAUGAUUUGAACCCAGCAUUGAAGUCCAGAGUCUGCGGUCAUAGCCCCUCAGGCUCCCUCAGCCUGGGAGAUACACUGUGGACAGGCUGAUUUGUAAUCUGCUAGCAAAGACAGGUGCUGCUUUGGAAUUUUCCAGAGUAGGCAGAGGCCCCCCGUUCCCAUUCUGGGAAUCCUUGAGACACUGUCCUGGAUCUGCAUUGUUCUUGACCAGGUGAGGGUUCGAGGGGUGUUGGUGUAGUCAGGCAAGGCUGGGCAUUGCCCUGGAAAAGACUGGGGGUUCGCGGGGGAGAUCGCAUUUCCUUUCUCUCCUCCUCCUUAGUGUUGGGACUUGAGGGUCAUGUAGAAAAUGCAGGAGAUACUAGGAUUUCUGCCUGAAGGCUGACUGGAUCCCUCCCAGGCUGGCUUCCUCCUUCCCUGUGGCCUGUUUCUGUCUCAUUCAUUCAUUAAUCCCUGAAACAUUGGUGAACACCUGUUUUGUGCACACCUCUGGGUGCUGGGUGCUACAUUGAACAAAGCUGACUCAGCCCUGCCCUCCUGGUGUGAGGCCAGCGACAGACAUGCAGAUAGUGUGGUGGUUGAUGCGGCGUCCACGGGAAGGGCCUUUUUGCAGCUGGGGUCUUAGGAAAGGCUCUGGGUGAGACCAGAGGCCAGCAGGCCAGUGCCAGGCAGGAAGAGGGGCUUAAGCAGGGGCUUUGGGGUGGGACUGGGAGGGACAGAAAUGCAGGCGAGGGGUAGAGAGUGAGCUGAGGGGACACACGGGUUUGGUGGUAGAAGUGUGUUUGCUUGCAUUUUGGAGGGCAGCCUUUAGGAGAGGAAAGCGAGGAGAAGGCUUUUUUUUUUUUUUUAAAUCGUUUCAGGCUUCCACCAAAGAAGAAUGCUUUCUGAGAGAGCCAGCUGGUCAGAGGAAGGGCUGGGUGAUUGAACUGUGUGGGGGCAAAUGCUUGGUUUUUAGCCUGUCUUGAGGCUGAUGUCACUUGCACCCACUCUGUGUGUGACUCUUGGGCAAGCUGCCUAAUCUCAGGACCCCUGUACUCACAUCCCAGGUGUCUGGAGGAUGCCACUUGGUCGUGCGUGUACAGGGCUCAGGGCCAGGCCCGGCUCCACUGGUGUUCCGUUUGUGGAGACAGUCCUGAUCCCUGAGCCCGGGCCAGGUAUACCCAGGAGUACUGUGUACUCAGGGCUCCCUGGCUGUGUGGGUGAGGCCGAGGGGACCAUCAGAAGUCCAGGGAGGGGAGGAGAAGGCAGGGUAUCCCAGUGACAUCCAGUUCAGGUUGGAGUCACCAGUCGGUGAAUCUGGCAUAGGGAGACCACCAGCAGCCCAGGGUGUGGUCCAACCAGUGGAGGCAUUGCAGGUAGAGCCCACUGCAGUGUGCCAUCCACAGUGAUAACCAGACUGAGAGAAGUAAGGGACAGCUUCACCGCUGGGACGCACAGUCCACAUAGAAGGGAGAAUAGUGACAGCAAGUGACGUUUGCCAAGAUCUUACUCUGUGCCAAGUACUGCGCUGCUGACAGACAUCUGGUAGGCUUAUCACAGGGGCCUGCUGGCAAGUGACUGAUGGUCAGGCAGAGAAGCAAAACGAUGGUCAGACAGGCAGGGGUGAUGGGGACAUGAGUCAGGUGGGGGUGAUGAGUCCUGUGUCCUGGCGACGUGUGGAUCAGAUACCAGGACAGUAUCUGAUGGUAGUCAGAUGGGAGUGAUAGGGAAGCUCUCAUGGUCAUGCCAUUUUGACCACGAGCCCAGGCCAAUGGAUUGUGGUGACAUUUAGGUCACAGGAGUAUCAGACCUACGUGUCCGGGUGAAGUUUAGAUCAGAGCAGUGUCAGGCUGAUGCCUUCAGUCAUAUGACUGCCAGAGCACCCUCCCCCCAGGUCUCCUAGCACCACUGAGACGAGAGUAAGCGGUGGUGUGUCAUGGUACUCUGACAGGUACCAGGCAGGUGUGUGAGUGAUGUUUCCACUGGAUGGGUCAAAUAGGCAGGUAUUUCGAGGCUUUAUUCAGGUCAUACAGGAACGACACAUGGAAAUGCCAUGGUGAUGUGAAGAUCUACAGGCUGGCAUGUCAUGGUGACCCUUGCAUCUGGAGAGAAGUAGCGCGAUAUGGGUCAGCAUCUCAGUGCCCAGCUAGAUGUGCCAGGUGGGUGUGUGGCCCCCUGGACAGGCCAGAGAAUGCUGUGAGGACUGCCAUGCCAGCAGCAGGCCUGUUGCGGAAGCUGUGAGGGGCCCUGCCCUCUGUGGGGCUCCUCCCUCGGCCCUUGGUGGCUACAGCACUGGGCCAGAAGCCCUGGAGCUCCCCUCAGUGGCUGCACCUGUAAGUACAAGGUAGAGACUGGCAGGGACAACAACAGUCCUUUGUGUACCAGAGCUGAGGGAGGGGGCACUUAGGGAGGGAAUGACAGGCCCUAGCUCCCAGAACCCCUGCCCACCUCAGGGGCUGCUGGACUCAGGAGAGUGGCUGGCAGCUCCCCAUCAACACUCACACACAAAUACACACUCCUCACACAAGAUGCUCGGAAUGCCGUCUCACGCCCUCUGCUGGGGGAGCCCUUUUCCUCACAGUCAUCCUUUACCUCCUGUCAGCCCUUGCCUCCCUCCCCCUCCAGGGAGAAUCCUUCCCUAAAGGGGAUGGUUUGGGCUGGACAGAGGGCGACUCCGGUGCUUGGCCAACCCAUCCUCUGUUGGGGAUUUGGGAGAAAAGCUGUGCCUGGCUGCCUGCAGGGCAAAGUCAAUGAGAAUGAAGUGUUUUUUCCAGAGCGUCGCCUGGGCCACCUCACAAUCUCCUCACGACGCCUCAGUGUACACCCAGGUGUUCCGGUCACUUUCAACAGAUGGCACAAGUGAGGCCCACAGGCAGAGGAUUCAGCUGGUCCUGUGGCCGAGCUGGGCUUUAGCCCUGGCCUCCUCCCUUUUUUCUAGAUCCCUCGAGAAAACUUACCCUUGACUACCCUUGAGGGCACUGGGUCCCAGCCCUCUGCCAAGGGUCCAGCCUCUCUCUUCCAUUUCUCCCGUGUCUUGUCGUGCUCUCCUUCUCCCAGCCAGGCUUGGUGGAUUCUCUCUCAAUGUAUGUGUGUGUUGGGGAGUGGGAGGAGGUCAUCUUACAUUUGCACAUGCACACGCAUGCAUGAGUGUGUUAGAGAAAUAAAGGGGUGGGAGUUUUGAGGCUUUGUGGCUGUCGAGGUCAAACACAGGAUGGUGGCGUGUGUGGAUGAAUGGCAGGUACGCAUUAUGGGUGUGUGCCUGGCAAGGGCGCCUUUUCAUGGACGUGUGUAACUCCAGGUGUGAUGUGUGUUUGUGCACACGUGUGCAGGGAGAAGAUGUAGAUGUGUGUUAGCAUGUGUUUGGGAAGACCGUGCGUGUGUGCGUGCAUGCGUGUGGGUGCUGUGUUUCGGGAGCUUUAGGAGCAGGUGUGAGUGUGUGUACACACGUGCACGCAGACGCAUAUACAGCUGGGCCUGGGGUGGAGGUGCACAGCUCAUUUUUGAAAGUGCUGCCCUUCCCUCUGGCACCCUCCAGCCCAUCGGCACCCUGCCCCACCUGGGCCCUGACGUGUUCUCCUACGU